GCCAAUCGCAGACCGGGGGCGGGUCCUGAAGGCUAUAUAAAGGCGCUCGGCAGCUUUACGCGUCUUUUGCGGGACGGCGGUAGGAGAGGUCCUUGGAACCGUCCCUGGAGCCGGAGCUGUCGUGUCCCCUCCUCUUUUCACUGCCCGUUGCAAUCAAUAAAGGCCGUUCCUACCCUAGUAGCUUUUCUGUUGGACUUCAGGCUCCUGCGGGAGUGCGGGCGACGUUUCGCAGAAGGUUCUCUGGCCGACCUUGCCGGGAUUUCCAGAUGGCCGCGCUGCGCCGAACCCUCCACGUGGCGACCCUGGCGGCUGGGGCGCGCCGCGCUUUGGCGGGCUCCCUGGCUGGUAGCUGCCUGGCCGACCGUCGCCUCUGGGAUAAGCUCCAUGCCGAUGCCGGUAGGGGCAGCGUCCCCACGUUCGAUUGGUUCUUUGGGUAUGAGGAAGCCCAGGGGUUGCUACUUCCGCUGCUGCAGGAGUCAGGAGCUGCCUGCCCACCAAGGGUGUUGGACGUGGGCUGUGGGACCUCCAGCCUGUGUACAGGCCUCUACACCAAGUGCCCACAUCCCGUGGAUGUGCUGGGGGUGGACUUCUCUCCUGUGGCUGUUGCCCACAUGAAGAGUCUUCUGGAAGGUGGUCAAGGCCAAACACCCCUCUGUCCUGGGCAUCCUGCUUCCCAACUCCACUUCAUGCAGGCUGAUGCCCAGAAUCUGGAGCCAGUGGCUUCCUCAGGCUCCUUCCAGCUAGUGCUGGAUAAGGGCACCUGGGAUGCUAUUUCCCGAGGUGGUCUGCCUGGGGCUUACCAGCUUCUGUCAGAGUGCCUCAGGGUCCUAAGCCCCCAGGGGACCCUGGUUCAGUUCUCAGAUGAGGACCCUGAUGUGCGGCUGCCUUGCCUGGAGCAAGGGUCCCCAGGCUGGACUGUGACUGUGCAGGAGCUAGGCCCUUUUGGGGGCAUCACCUACUUUGCUUACUUGGUUCAAGGCUCUCAUUAAAGACUUCAGCCCUGACCCGAAUUUUUCUGUUGGGUGAGGAGAGCGUUGGGUAGCUUUUCAACUUUGUAAGAUGGCUGGGAAGCAAGGAUUUGAAGCCUGGCCUCCACAUUUAUUAGCUGGGUGCACAGAGUAUUGAAUGUUUCUGUGCCCCAGUUCACGCUCUAGCAGCAGGGUAGGAAUUAAUACCCGGAGUCAGAGGAUUACAUAUGAUGAUGGGUGAAACAUGGAGCAUUUAGCAAUGCCAGGCACAAGACGGAGUGCUGAGCAGAGAAGGUGCAGUGGCUCAUUCCCCAGCCCCAACGAACGGGAACUCCUAAAAACACAGGAGUUCUGUGGGGUUUUUUUGUUUGAGGGGUUUAGGGUUUUGUCUGUUUUUAGAUUUACUUUUUUUAGAGAGAGUGAGCGAGCAGGGGGAGGGGCAGAGGCAGAGGGAGAAUCCCAAGCAGUCUCCAUGCCCAGUACGGAGCCCAAAUCAGGGCUCCUCCCUGAGAUCAUGGCCUGAGCCAAAACCAAGAGUUGGGGUGCUUAACCGACUGAGCCACCCAGGCGCCCCUGUUUGGGGAGUUUUUUAAUAGAGAGGUCCUUAAUCCAAAUCCCAGUAUUGACUGACUUGUGGGAGCCAGUGGCCUCACCUCUAACCCUCUUGUCCUCACCUGUAAAAGAAGACUGAAAGAACCCAUAGAAGGGCCUCAUAACAAACCACGAAACGUGGAGGGAGGCAGUACAAUACUUACCCUCCAAGCUCCUGGGAGGCAGGAGAUGUGAAUAUUCCACAAAGUAGCUUCUACAAACCCGGGAGCUGGCAGCUGGGUUCCAGAGAGGACAGGGGUUGGAGGCUU